AUGCGGGAACAGAUAAUGCUUCUCGCACUUCCUUUUCCUGUGGGAGCCGCCGGGUCCGGAGGAGCGUGGCUUUGUCCUCUCCCCGCCAUGGCUUGUGCUCGUCCCCUGAUAUCCGUGUACUCUGAAAAGGGGGAGUCAUCUGGCAAAAAUGUCACCUUGCCUGCAGUGUUCAAGGCUCCCAUUCGACCAGAUAUUGUGAAUUUUGUUCACACAAACUUGCGGAAAAACAACAGACAGCCAUAUGCUGUCAGCGAACUAGCAGGUCAUCAGACCAGUGCUGAAUCUUGGGGGACUGGCAGAGCUGUGGCUCGAAUUCCCAGAGUUCGUGGAGGUGGAACCCACCGUUCUGGCCAGGGUGCCUUUGGCAAUAUGUGUCGGGGAGGCCGCAUGUUUGCACCAACCAAAACCUGGCGCCGUUGGCACCGCAGAGUCAACACAACCCAGAAGCGGUAUGCCAUCUGCUCCGCCUUGGCCGCCUCAGCCUUGCCAGCGCUGGUCAUGUCCAAAGGUCAUCGAAUUGAGGAAGUUCCAGAACUUCCUUUGGUGGUGGAAGAUAAAGUUGAAGGUUACAAGAAGACUAAGGAGGCAGUUUUGCUCCUGAAGAAACUUAAAGCCUGGAAUGAUAUCAAAAAGGUCUAUGCCUCUCAGCGAAUGCGGGCUGGCAAGGGCAAGAUGAGAAACCGCCGUCGCAUCCAGCGCAAGGGACCUUGCAUCAUCUAUAAUGAAGACAAUGGCAUCAUCAAGGCCUUCAGAAAUAUCCCGGGCAUUACUCUGCUCAAUGUAAGCAAACUGAAUAUUUUGAAACUUGCUCCUGGUGGGCAUGUGGGGCGUUUCUGCAUUUGGACUGAAAGUGCUUUCCGAAAGUUAGAUGAGCUAUAUGGCACUUGGCGAAAAGCUGCUACCCUCAAGAGUCACUAUAACCUGCCUAUGCACAAGAUGAUCAAUACAGAUCUGAGCAGAAUCUUGAAGAGUCCAGAGAUCCAAAGAGCCCUCCGAGCACCACGCAAGAAGAUUCAUCGUAGAGUCCUGAAGAAGAAUCCUCUGAAGAACCUGAGAAUCAUGCUGAAGCUGAACCCAUAUGCAAAGACCAUGCGCCGGAACACCAUUCUUCGGCAGGCCAGGAAUCACAAGAUCCGUCUGACUAAAGCAGCUGCGCGGGCAGCCAAACAGGAAGAGAAGGAAGUUGCUGGCAAGAAGCCUGUGGAAGAGAAGAAAGGAAAGAAAGCUGCUGGUCCCAAGAAACCUGUGAAGAAGCCUUUGGGG